AUGCGGCAAGACGAGAACAGCACGACAACGACACGGCGUACGGCCACAACGAGGGAGGGCAAGGCUACACUCACGGGCAAGGCGGGGCUCGCGGGGAAGACGCCACUGGGCAAGGCCAAGGCCGCGGCUUCCAAGACACAGCUGCGUGCCUCCCGCCCCGUCGCAGGCGAGAACACGCCCGCGCCCGCCGCGCCGACGCCGUUCAAGACCCCCGCCAGGCCGGUGGGCGACGAGAAGCAGGCGACUGCCAGGCCGACAUCUGCGCGCCGGCCUGCACUGUCGUCCAUCGGGUCCAACACGCCCGCGCCGACGUCCACCACGACGCCGGGCACGGCGCUGCUCAAGAAGCGCUCGGUGCUGUCGUCCACGGCCAAGCCCACGUCGGCGCUCAAGCCCACAUCCGCGCUCAAGGCCAACAACCCCCUCGCAGGGACGCCCCGCACCCCGCUGCACCAGACGACGGGGUACGCGCGCGCCCACCCGUCCGCCAAGGCCUCCGCUGCGGGCGGGUUCACCCUCAAGCGUAUCCCCGAGAGCAGUGGCGGCGGGGGGACGGCGCGCAGAGCCGGCACCGCGACGCCGCGUGCGCCCGUGCGGUCGAUCAGCGUCAUGAUGGACGAUGACGAGGUCGGCGCCGUCGCGAGCGCUGUUGACCGGCCAUAUGCGCCCCCUUCGCCCCCGGCCAGUCGCAAGGCCGCUGCCAUGUACGCUGCCGUCUUUCCAGAGUCGCAGGCGUCGUUGAACAUGCCGCCGCCCCACGACCCGUUUGCCGGCGACGACUUUACGUUCGAGCUGUAG